CAUGCUGUGGGCCAAAAGAUCCAUCCUUCCUGAACAGGCUGAAAUUCCAGGUGGUGGAGAUCUUACAGAAGAUGUAUGCGUGUGGAGCCCACGAGCUGGGCCUGAACUUCAGCAACGAGCUCAUCGCCCGCUUCUGCCACUGUCCAAAAUGGGUGGGCCGCCAGGCCUUUGCCUUCAUCUGCCAGGCCAUCGUGGAGGAGGACUGUAUGCCCAUGGACCAGUUUGCCCAGCACCUCCUCCCCAGUCUCCUCAGCCUGUCGUUGGACCCCGUGGCCAACGUCCGCGUGCUGGUGGCCAAAGCACUGCGGCAGAGUGUCAUGGAGAAAGCGUACUUCAAAGAGCCGGGCGGUGCCUACUUAGAAGAGCUGGAGGAGACGGUGAUGACCCUGCAGGCGGACAAGGACAGAGACGUACGCUUCUUUGCCAGCCUGGACCCCGACAUGGUGCUUAUGGACACUUCUGCUUUAAUCUAGAACAUUCCAGCCUGCUCCAACACACAGCCAAUAACUAUCACCAGCAUCAGACCUGACCAGAACACUCGCCUGCAGGAAAUAAAGGCACUGAUACGUAAACAUACAUAGAAUCAGUCAUGUGCUCUCUCUCUGUCUCUCUCACACACACACACACACACACACACACACGAUCUGAAAACCGCACCUCGCUAAGCUAAAACAGCCACCGCAAAAUGGCAUCGGAUUCCAGGUGGAAAACAACCCACCAUGCGGCUCGGCUAGCGUCCCGUCGUCCAGUCACCUCAACCCAUCUGUAUCCAGCUGGUUCUCUCAGGUCCUCUGGUUUCAUCACGGUUUCUCUCUCUCUUUUCAUCUUGUCUUCAAUGACCUCCGUAACCACUACUGCUUAGGAGAAGGAACAACCGCACCACUUGGCACGAAACAAAAUAUGUUAAUGAACUCGUGGCAUCUUCCCUCUGUGUGUUUACUAUGUCAAUGAUGUGAUCCAAGUCUCCCAGAGACCAAUGAAAUACCUCUGAUUGGACAUAACUCAGGCCAGUUUCGCCAUAGGGGCGUUUAGCUUAUAGAAUGAGGUACAGCGCUUUAGAACGCCACAGAUAGAAAUGGAAUGUAUAGAUCGACUCACUAGAAUUGUGAUUCUUCUAUAUACAAUGCAUCUGUACAUUCUGUAACGUUGCUCUCCCCUGAAUAAACCUCUGGUGUCAGCGG